AUGAAGAAGAUCUUGCGUAUAGUCAAAACCAAUUAUAUCUUCCCUACAAAUGUCAGAGUCGGAACAAAUGUGGCAUUCGAUACAAAUGCUGAAAAUUAUACGGUACCAGUUAGUGGUAAAGUGGUAUUAACAUGUUAUGUUCAAGAAGUUCGAUCAUUCAAGGUAUUAUGGCAAAAGAUUGACCGUGUUCGAAAUACCACACAGUUAACGUUAAUCGCUUUUGAUGGUGUUGUUUAUUCAAAUAAAGAUCAUUAUCGUUUGGAAUCUGAUUACGUUGGAUCACAUAAUUUAGUUAUUGAUAGAGUUAGCGAAGAAGAUGCCGGAGAAUAUCAAUGUCAAAUAAACACAGAACCAAGAAAAACAAAACGAAUUUUCUUAAAUGUACAAGUACCACCACGUAUUGUCGAUUUUCGACCAAAUCCACCAGUAUUAUCAGCUCAAGCUGGUUCAUCACUACAUUUAAUGUGUCGAGCUGAAGGGACACCAAUACCAAAUAUUAGAUGGCGAAUACGAGAUAACAAUAAUUUGAAUAAUAAUGAAAAACAUCCUCCAACAGUAACUACAUUUGCAGAUUAUAUUCAAACACAGCGUUAUAAAAACGCCACAUUAAUCUGUACAACGAUGUCUCGUCCAACAGCUCGAAUCUAUUGGGAGAAAAAUAAUCGACCAAUAGUAAAUGAUGAAAAAUAUUCGAUAACAACGUCAUUUAAUCAAACAACAGUUAUUAGUGUACUCAACUUUCAGGCUAGAAAUGAAGAUGAUUAUGGAAAAUAUUUUUGUAUCGGUGAAAAUUCACUUGGACGAUCGGAUGCAUUCAUAUUUGUAUUAGAGGAAUUAACCGCCCCAACUACAUCAUCCACAACAUUAUUAUUAUCAUCCACAACAGAAAUAAAAAUUCCUGAUUAUAAACAUCAAAAAUAUGAUGGAAACAGUCGACCAACAAAACAUCGAUUACAAAAAACUCGUCUAUUAUUGAUUACAACGACGAUAAAUGAACGUGAUAUUCAUAUUAGUUCAAAUAGUCGUCAAUUUUAUCAACAAUGUCACAAAUAUCUUUUUCUAUUAGUUUUCAUUAUUAUAAAAAUAAUCAUAAGCUGA